AUGACCGACUCCAUCGACCAACUUCCAGCAGUAGUGGAGCUGAACCGGGAGGACUUCACCACUCAUAUUGAGGUCCCUGCUAUACGAGUGCCGGCUAGGGAGGUGCAGAAGUGGACCAAGGACCCAGAAGUGGCUAAGUGCCUACUACGACUACCUCAAAUUCGACCCGUUCAAUCUGACAAGGACGACCCGAAAAAUAAUAAAAUUAUUUGCUUCAAAGCUGAUGCUGACUUGCCGAAAAAAGUGCGAAAUUUCGGCGUAAUUUCUCACGAAAUUGUCCGAGGAUAUGCGCAGAUGAGCACCGAGGAAAUCCUGAGGAAAGUACUGCCAGCCAAUUUGGAAGUGCCUUCAUCAUUCGAGAGCAUCGGCCACAUCGCUCACUUCAACCUCAAGGAUUCACAUUUACCUUAUAAGAAGAUUAUCGGUGAAGUUAUACUCGAUAAAAAUCCUGCUAUUAAAUUGGUUGUUACAAAAGUGGCAAAUUUGCAUAACGAGUUCAGAACAAUGGAGUUAGAAGUGAUGGCAUGUGCUGAUGGAUGCGAUCCGACCGACUUCAUCACAACUGUUAAGGAAAACGGCAUGCAAUUCAAAAUGGACUUUUCAAAAGUGUAUUGGAAUUCGCGACUGUCUACUAUGCGACAAGGCUUAUUAGAAGACCUCAACUCUUCGAACUCAGUUGUGGUGGACAUGUGCUGUGGCAUCGGGGCGUUUGUUAUUAUGGCUGCUAAAAAAAUCGGGUGUAAAGUUUAUGCUAAUGAUCUCAAUCCUGAAUCUACCAAAUGGUGUUUGGAAAAUGCCAAGUUGAAUAAAGUACCAUCGGGACUGAUGACCAUAUCUACAGAGGACGGCAGAGAAUUCGUUAAAAGGCUCGUGAGUGAGGGUGUAUUCGACGAGAAAAAGGAUUUCCACUUCUACAUGAAUUUACCAUCGAUCGCUAUUACAUUCUUAGAUGUAUUUGUUGGGCUUUUCAGAGGACAUGAGGAGGCUGCUGAGAAAGCUAGACUACUGGUUCACUGUCAUUGUUUCGCCCGAGAAGAGCCACCCAAUGAGGAGUUAUACGCUGCAGCUGACAAAGCGAUGGAAAAUAAGGAGGGUUGGAAAAUUGAUAGAAAAUUGGUUUCUAUUAAUGAAGUUCGCGAUGUAGCCCCCAACAAGAGGAUGUACUGUUUUGAAUUCGCAGUGCCCAAGGAGAUACUUAUGGCGAGUAAACCAGAGGAAGAACCUGCUAGUAAAAAACAGAAAUGA